AUGUUCCAAAAAGCCGAUUUACAAAGACAAAAAGAAAAAGAAGAAGCAAUACUGCAAAGGCAGAAGGAAAAAGAAGAAGCUGAAAUGCAAAGGCAAAAAGAUAAAGAAGAAGCAGAACUACAAAGAAAGAAGGAAAAAGAAGAAGCUGAAAUGCAAAGGCAAAAAGAUAAAGAAGAAGCAGAACUACAAAGAAAGAAGGAAAAAGAAGAAGCUGAAAUGCAAAGGCAAAAAGAUAAAGAAGAAGCAGAACUACAAAGAAAGAAGGAAAAAGAAGAAGCUGAAAUGCAAAGGAAAAUUUUAAGAAUAGAAAUAGCUGAAGAUAUUGCAAAAGCAAUAGAACGAGUAGAAAAAAGAUUGGAUGAAGUUCAACAUCAAUGUAACAUCGAACACAAGAAAUUAGAAGAAGAAAUUGAUGGAAAAAUAAAUAAAGUAGAAGAAAAGCUGGUUAAAGAAGUAAAAGAAAACAUCAAGGAAUGUUUAAUAAAAAUACAAGAGUGGAUUGAUGGUUACAAAAACAUGGAAAAAAAGAUGCAACAAAAAGAAAUAGUACUAAAUUGUGAGAUGGAAGACAUGAAAGGAAAAAUCAAGAACAAUCAAGAAAAAAUUCAAGAAAUUGAAGAAAAUAUACAAGGAAGAGACAGGAAUGGAAUUAAUGAAGAACAGCAUAACCAAAUAUUAACCUUAAGAGAAGAAUUGAACAAAGAAAUUAAAAUGUUGAAAACCAAACAAGCCGAACAGCAACAAUUAGAAAUUAGAUAUGUUACAUGUGAUAAAAGUGCACCGACAGUGAAAUUUAAUGGUAAAAUUAGUGUAAUACAUCCCAUGGUAUUUAUAAAAAGUAUUAAAAACAAGUGCAAAAUCAUUCAUGACAGUGAGGAAUUAAAACAAGUGAUAAGAGAAAAUUUAGAAGGGGAGGCAAAUGUAUGGUUUACAGGAAAAGAAAGUGACAUAGAGAAUAUUAAAGAAUUUGAGCAACAGUUUUUAAAUCAAUAUUGGGGAAAUUUUAAUCAGAAUAUGAUUAGAGAAAGAUUAUAUUUUGGAAAAUACAAUGAUAAAAUGUCCAACACCAUGACAAACUAUGCAUUAAGAUUAUAUGCAAAUGCAAAAUAUUUAACACCUCAACUAAAUGAAAAUGAAAUU